AUGGAGAAUUUCAGGGGGAAGUGGAACUUGAGUAUGAGUGGGUUCUCGAAAUCAGAUGGGUUCAGAGAUGAAGAACAAGGGUUUGAAGAGCUUGGUUUGAUUGGGUUUUGCUGUGAAUUUGCCGUCGCACCGAGGAGAAGAAGAGGAAUUGGAGAUGAGGUUCAUGAACUGCAGGAGAUCGAGCUCAAGGAUGAACGGUCGCCUAUUUUACAUAAUAAAUCUCUAUUUUUUGUUUUGAUUAAAUGGGGAACAUUCAAUGGCCAUAUAAUUCCUGGCACUUUAUUUCUAGCCGUAGGGAUAUGGCAUAUAUGGACUGCAACAGUAAGAUAUGUAUCAAAUCCUAAAUCAUUUAAGGUUAAAGCUUGGAACCCAAUUCCUGGUAUUAAUGGUAAAUUGAGAAAUCUAGAACUAUAUGUGAUAACAAUUGGAUGUUUAUUAGAUAUAUGUUUUGAACUAUCAUAUGCUCCUAAUCUCAUUAACUUCGAACACUCUGGCAUGCUUAUCAUGUUUUUCAUCUUCGGUUUCACUGCUUUACUCUCUCAAGAAACCAGGUUUCUACCUCUACCGGUUGAAGCAUUGUGUUUGAUUUCCGCGAUAGCAUUUAGUGCAGAAUCCUUCUUGUUCUAUUUCCAUUCAACAAGUCAUAAAGGUCUGGAAGGUUACUACCACCUCUUGUUAGUCAUUCUCAUUGGUCUCUGUAUAAUCUCAACAGUUGCUGGUGCUAUAGUUCCAACUAGUUUCGGUCUUGACUUGUCGUCUGGAAUCUCCAUUACGCUACAUGGUGUUUGGUUUUAUCAGACAGCUUUCACUCUUUACGGACCUAUGAUGCCAGAGGGUUGUUCACUUAAGGAUGACAGUAUAGUGUGCAAGUCUCUUAACAAUCAAGUUCGAGGAGAAAUGCUUGCGAAUUUUCAGCUUUCCAUCUUGAUGAUGAUGGGUUUGAUACAGAUUAAUUAG